AUGAAAAAUGAUUUUUGUUUGGCUCUAGUACUAAGUUUUGUGAACAUAAUUUAUUGCAAGAUUCAUCAUUUGGCUUUAAAGGAUGAAUUGCGUAGAAAUAUCUUACUGACUAGUUUCGGAUAUAUUGAUGGUGGUACUUUAGAGCUUCUUCUAAGCAAUUUUUCUUUCCCAGAUAAACUGCUGAUUCAGGAUCGUGACAAGAAGCAUACUGGGAUGGUGGGGUUUACACUUUCGCGUGGUGAAGAUAUUGUGAACAGUAUGCGCACAAAGCCAUAUGUAUGUCAGUUGACGCAGAAAGACCAAGGAUACGAUGCUCUCUUUUUUGUUUUUAGCACCUUGCAAAGAAAUUUACAGAUUAUUCGAUCUGGUUUUAUCCAAGAUAUAAAAAUAUGUCGGAAUCUUUCAAGUUGCCCAACGUCUGCCAUUCAUCGUCAAACAUUCAGUGAAAAUAAUAGUGGAGGUUUAUUCGAUAAAUUACAUGAUGCAAUGUUUCCUACUGUGAAUUAUGGAGAUCCAUAUAAGGAUUAUUUACCACUUGAAAGCAUCAGUGGUCAAUUUUCGACAUCACUAGCAAUCCGCUUUUCAAAAAAUCAGCAGGGUCGAUAUCAUUUUAUUUAUCACAAUUGUUUCAAUUAUCGUGUAUCUGGAUUCAGUAAUCGUGUGGCAGUUGAUUUUACUGUUGAUAUCGUGGAGAAGAAUUUAGAUUCUUAUUUGACAGCUGGAGAUAUCAUAAAGCCGAAGCUAUUUUUAUUCAUGUCUUCCAUUUUUGGUAUUGCGGCUUUAUUGUGGGUUUAUACUAUUUGCCACUCUUCUCCUUCACUUGUAUUUCGAGUCCAUUAUUUAAUGGUUGCAUUGGUUAUUAUUAAAUCACUGUCACUUUUCUUCCAUGGAGUUAACUUUCACUUUGUUUCAUUAUAUGGCCAUCAAAAGGAAGCUUGGGCUAUUGUUUUUUACAUAACGCAUUUACUAAAAGGUGCCUUGCUUUUUGGGACGAUUAUACUCAUUGGUACGGGAUACACCUUUUUUAAAAAUUUCCUAACAGAUCGCGAUCGUCGUUUGUUUAUGUUCGUUAUACCUUUGCAGGUUCUUGAUAAUGUAACUAUGAUAAUAAUUGAAGAAAGUGAAUUCGGUCAACAAGGUUACCAAUUUUGGCUUCAAAUAUUCAUCUUUUUUGAUAUUAUCUGCUGCAUGUCGAUUCUUCUACCAAUUAUUUGGUCAAUGAGACAUUUGCAAGAAGGUGCUACGACUGAUGGAAAAGCGGCUUUCAAUUUAGCAAAAUUAAAGCUGUUUCGACAUUUUUAUCUAAUAAUUAUAGGUUAUAUAUAUAUAACUCGUGUAAUUAAAUUCCUUAUUGAGUUUAUUGUGCCAUUCAAUUAUGAUUGGAUUACCGAUGCUCUAGUCGAGCUUUCAACAUUAUUUUUUUUUAUCGUUACGGGUCAUCAGUUUCGGCCUCAGGAACAAAAUCCUUAUUUAAAAUUGACUCAGGAUGAUAUGGAUACUGAAGCUGUGAUUCAAAACGGUAUUUUUGCUAAUGUUUCUCGUGUUAAACGAACUGCACUGCGCGAUGAGACCCUUGACGAAAUUCCAGGCAUAGUUGGCGGUCACUGUUUGGAAUCAGAAGAAAGUGAUGUUGAGGAUAUAUUUAAUAUGAAUAGUAUGAAAUCUUUACUUUCUGACAGUCCACCUGUGUAA